ACUAUGCUACAUUAAGUGAAUGUCCGUUUUCAAAAAAGAUUCACCUCUAAAUUCUAUUGAAAGCAACUCCAAUCGAAACCUUUUUGUUCAUCCGAAAGUGGCCCCUAUUUUUCCGCAACACGAACUUGCGGAGACGGUGUCUAAUGUACCCUCGUUCCAUAUCAGUCAGUCUAUAGUGCCUCAGUCCCUGCUAUCGUUGGUUCCACUGAGUAUGUCAUCAAUCGCCUUCCUUGCCCAUAUUUUCAAGUGCCUUGCCAUAUUUGGAAUGGUAAUUGGCGGAGUGGUAGUGUUCAUUCCACAAUAUCUUCAGAUCCAGAAAACGGGUAACGCAGAAGGUUUCAGUACACAUGUAUGUCUAAUUCUAAUUUGUUCCAAUAUUUUGCGCCUCUGUUUUUGGUUCGCUGUCAGAUUCGAGACUCCUCUUUUGCUGCAGAGCAUAUUCGUAACAAUUGGGAUGUUAGCAAUGCAAGAGCUGUGCGUUAGAUGUCGAUUAAAUACCACGCUGGUUUCUUCAAAACAAAGAAGAAAGAGAUUUUCUGACAUGGACUGGGAUUAUUUCUGGCAGUGGUCUUACUUUUCAGAUUAUCUAAUUUUUCUGGCUAUUCUUACUGCAUUUUUAGCAUUCCUCACAAACCUUUUUAUCCAAUCAGAACUCUUUGUUCACACCCUUGGUUUUGUUGCUCUAUGCAUGGAGGCCUCACUUCUGCUACCCCAGCUGAUACGCAACUUCGAAAGAAAAUCGACACUGGGGCUAUCUGUGAAAAUGGUAGUUAUGAUGUUAUGUGGCGACAUUUUCAAAACUUUGUAUUACUUUACGAGGAACACGCCUAGUCAAUUCUACAUUUGCUCUAGCCUGCAAUGUACAGUAGACAUAGCUAUUCUGUACCAAGUUUGCUACUAUGCUCCUUCUUAUGUCGUUCAAGGCGCAGACGACAUUCACUACAGUCGACUUCAGGUUGACCCGCUGCACAGUUCAAUGACAGUCGAUUCGUGUUCUUCUGAUAGCUAAUUUCAACUGAAUCUUUACAAAAUUAUUUUACUGAAAUAGCCCAAUGCUUCUACUAACAAUU